AUGAGCACCAACAUCGCAACUGAGGUUACGACCCUCACGGCGGGCGAAGUGCCAAAGUGGUACCACGCCCAUAUCCUGAAACUGAACUUGCUUCUUCUCUCCCCUUUCGUCACCAUGGCCGCAUGGGGCUUCGACAUCUCCAUGACGAAUUCCCUCCAAUCCCUAACCGCCUUCAACGAGAAAUUCGACCACCCCUCCGGGGCCCGGCUGGGUUUCUUCGGGGCCUCGACGCAAGUCGGAGGGGCAGUGACCAUCUUCAUCGCCCCGUUCCUCAUCGAAAAGUUCGGUCGUCGCCCAAUGUGCUUUAUCGGCUCGAUUGUUGUCAUUGCCAUGGCAAUGAUGCAGGUCUUCUCCAGGUCCUUUGACAUGUUCACCGCCGCGAAGCUCAUCCUCGGCUUUGGGGCAAAUUGCUCGCAAAUUUCGGCGCCGAUGCUCAUCACGGAGUUGGCACACCCCAUACAACGUGCCAAAUUCACAGCGAUGUACAACACCACCAUCUACGUCGGUCUGAUUGCAGGUGCAUGGAUAGCGUAUGGGACACGCACUAUCGAGGGGAACCUCUCGUGGCAGAUCCCCUGUAUCCUGCAGGUCGUUCUCCCUGCUUACCAGGCAUUUACCAUCUUUCUCUGCCCAGAAAGCCCUCGAUGGCUGGUGAUGCGCGGAAAGCUCGAACAAGCCCAAAACAUCCUGAUCAAAUACCACGGCAACGGCACACACACGCCGCUCGUGCAAUCCGAGCUCGAGGAAAUUAUCGCCGGAAUUGAAGCCGAUGCAUCUCGUAUCCGCCUUAACAAGACAGAUAUCAAGGCCCUUCUCUCGCACAAGGGGAACCUCCAUCGCAUUCUUAUCAUCACAAUCGUCGGCGUCGGGUCCCAGUGUACAGGCUCCGGGCUAAUCAGUGCAUACCUGCCCAAGGUCCUCGAUGGAAUCGGGAUGACCUCGACGACAGAUAAAACGCUCAUCAAUGGUAUCCUCAACAUCUGGACCUGGAUCGUCGGUCUCAGUGCGGGAUACCUGAUGCCGAAGAUCAGGAAGCGUGCCUUGUUCUUGACCGCGACGACCGGCAUGAUUCUCGCUCUGUCUGUUUGGACGGGCCUCACGGCCGCUUAUGACCAGGAUGCGCGGUAUAGUUAUGGGAUUGGGGUUGUUGCCAUGAUGUUCGUGUACAACUUGUUCUACGGAAUCUGCUGGCUCCCGCUCGUAACAGCAUACAGCAUCGAAAUCUGCACCGCGAAACAGCGCAGCAUCCUCUUCUCAUGGCUCUUCUUCUCCAUCUCCAUGUCCACCUUUGCGGUAAACUACAUCAACCCAGUCGGUCUGGAGAAUAUCCAGUGGCGGUACUACAUCAUCACGAUCGUGUUUACGGUUCUCAUUCUCGUCCUCGUGUGGUUCUUCUUCGUUGAGACUAGGGGGUUAUCUCUGGAGGAGAUCGCUACGCUCUUCGAUGGGCGUGAGCGCUACGAGGCCGCCCUUGAGUCCGUACAAGCCGCGGGCAAGAAGAAGGAUGAUGAGGCGGUUGAGAUGCAUCAUGUUAAAAGAGGUGCGUGA